AUGCCACUGCUUAAAUCACACCAAGGCUUUACCACUUCCAGCGUUACACUUCCCACACUCAUGGCAACCACCGCUGACCUUUCUUGGGUCCAGGUUCUCUCUCGUGGCCAGUCCAAGAAGGUCAUCAAUGCUCAACCUCAACGAGCUAAAGAUGAUCAAUUCCAACUAGUUCCUGAAGUUCUGUACGAACAUGACGAUCUGAAAGCCGAAGUUCUUACCCGGAAGGCUGCAGCCAUCCUUCAGCAGGCUUUGACGCCUGGAUCUGUUUUGUUUACUUUUCCAAGCAAAACAUUUGCGCAUCGUACCGAAGCUUAUCGCUUGAUAAAGGAACAAAUCUUCCCCUGGUUCAGUUUAGGCCCCUGA